CCUCCCUUUCAGACGCCGUCCGUCCACCGUACUUCGCUUACCUCAUCCGGCCGUCGGGUGCAAUUCAUCGGACUCUUACCACAUCGUCGCAAUGCCCUUACAACUGCUACCAGCAUCAGCGCAGGCUUUCGCUCCCCGGUCCGCACCGAACAUCGUCUUGAACACCAAGGUUGAGCCAUGGUUAACUCAGACGCUGAAGCGUAUCAAUAAGAUUAAGCGCCCUCUAAACAGCGUACCUCAACACUUCCGAUGCUUGACCGAGACGCUCGGCGGUGCGAAUGCGAUAUGGACGCUCGCAUCCUUAAUGCUACCAAAAGCACCGGAAAGUGAGCUGACCAAGGACUCAAACCCACUCAUGGAAGCGAUCCACAAUUACCAAAUGAUCCACCUUGAAGCCUACGUAGUUCACGUCGACAUGGUAUCGCAACACGAGGUCGCCUUCAAGCUGACCACAGACACUAUCGAGGCGCUUGUCGAUUACCACAAGGACAUCUACUCCGUCGAUGCUUCAGCAAGCACCUGGACGUGGCCGGAAAAGGAGACUCAAGUUAAGAAGCUGCAGGAAGACUUCAUGCAAGCCGCUAACAAGUUCGUCUUCCGGACCGGUGUUCGCGCGCUCGAGGGUCUGGAGGAAGAUGGUGCAGGAGAGCUGCUGGAAGGCCGCUCCGAGGACGUGAAGAACGCCAUCACGAACCUUUUCAUGCCUCUUCUUCCUCCGCCGCCACGGAUUGUCGAUGUCAUCGCCCCAGCUCCGAUGCUUCAUGUCCCUCACACCACGCUUGCUGGCAACUGGUGGCCGCAGCCGCACUCACUGGCGCCGCCUCAUCCCGCGCCCGUAGACUCGUGGAAGGUGUUGCCAUCAACGCCUUCACCGACUGCGACAAGUUGCAGCGACAACCAAUCGAGCGGUUUCUGGCAGGAUAUGAGCUUCAACCCGGUGCAACUACCCUCGCCGACUCCGUCCUACAGUCAGCCAGUGUACACCUCGGCGCCCUCACAGCAGUUCUACAGCUCGCCUGAGUGUUUCACCACCAUGCCAGCACCGCUGCCAAGUAUGCUGCAAACACACUGCGGUAUCGAUUACGGCAUGGGCAUGGGUGGGUUCAAUGACUUCGGCUGGACGCAGACCACCUUCUCACCGCAGUAUGCGACCAUCGCAUGAUGCAAUGCAGAUUCGCACAGAGAUGCAACCUCCAGCCGCGUCGUUGAUCGACACUAGCGUCUGUCGUCGUCCUGGCCAGACACGACAGCCACUUUCUGCAGACUUGGGACCCUGGUGCGCACAGAGUCACCCGACAUGCGACGAAGAAG